CAGGGGACUCUCCUUUGCUAAGGGUGCUAGCAAAGUGCCACGGCACAGAGGUGGAGUGCUCCCAGCUGGAAGGCAGAACUCACAGGAUACCUAGCCCUUAAUCCUGCCAUGGCCACAAAAGCCAGCAGCUCCAUGAAGUGCCUCCAGCUGCUCGUUUUCCAGGUUGCUCUUGUAGGACCUGUCUGCUGUGGGAACGUGCUGGUCUGGCCAACGGAAGGCAGCCACUGGCUAAACGUGCAGACAGUCAUACGGGAGCUCAUCCGUCGUGGGCACAGCGUCACCGUCCUGGUAUCCAACGCCUCCCUCUUCAUUCAGCCCAAGGCUGAGGCCACAGAGAAGUUUGAGGUCUUUAACGUGCCCUUCAAGAAAGACACCAUCGAGAACCUGAUCGAGGAGAUCGUGGCACUGUGGCUGAACAACAGGCCAACAACCCUGACCUUCUGGCAGUUUUACAAGGAGAUGAAAGAGCUCAUAGGCUCCUUUUCUGACAUGUUAAAGCAGACCUGUGACACUUUGGUGACGAACCCUCAGCUGAUGGCAAAGCUGCAGCAGGCCAAGUUUGAUGUUCUGAUCGCUGACCCUCUGUCUGUAGGUGGGGAGCUUGUAGCACAAAUACUGGAAAUCCCUUUUCUCUACAGUUUCCGCUUCUCUGAUGGAAAUGUGGCAGAGAGGCUGUGUGGUGGGCUCCCAUCCCCACCUUCUUAUGUGCCUGCUAGCACAUUGGGGAUGAUGGACCAGAUGUCCUUUGUGGAGAGACUGCGGAACUUCCUCUUUUACCUUUACACGGAUUUAUUUUUCUUGAAGUUUUGGCGAGAUGAAUGGGAUGGGUACUACAGUAAUGUCUUAGGAAGGCCCACAACCCUGUGUGAGACGAUGGGGAAAGCAGAGAUAUGGUUAAUCAGAACAUACUGGGAUUUUGAAUUUCCACGUCCUUUCCUGCCCAACUUUGAGUUUGUAGGAGGACUUCAUUGCCAGCCUGCAAAGCCGUUGCCAAAGGAAAUGGAAGAAUUUGUUCAGAGCUCAGGAGAACAUGGCAUCGUGGUAUUUUCUCUCGGAUCAAUGGUCUACAACCUGACUGCUGAAAAAAGUAAUGUGAUUGCCAGAGCGCUCAGCCAGCUUCCACAAAAGGUCCUCUGGAGGUACAAAGGAAAGAAACCAGAAGCUCUGGGCUCCAACACCAGGACUUAUGACUGGAUACCCCAAAAUGACCUGCUUGGCCAUCCCUUGACAAAGGCCUUCAUUACUCAUGGUGGCACCAAUGGGAUCUAUGAAGCUAUCUACCACGGGAUCCCAUUGGUUGGGAUUCCCAUGUUUGCUGACCAGCAUGACAACAUUGCUCACAUGAGGGCAAAGGGAGCUGCAGUUGAGCUGGAUUUCGGCACACUGAAGACAGAGGACCUAGUUGAUGCAGUGAAUACAGUCAUUAACAAUUCCUCCUACAAGGAAAACGCUUUAAGAUUAUCCAAGAUACACCACGACCAACCAACUAAGCCUCUGGACAGAGCUGUCUUCUGGAUUGAAUUUGUCAUGCGUCACAAAGGAGCAAAGCACUUGAGACCAGCUGCUCACCAUCUCACCUGGUACCAGUACCACUGCCUGGAUGUUCUGGCAUUCCUGUUCGCCUGUGCAGCCAUUGCUGUCUUCAUUCUUGUCAAGUGCUGCCUAUUUUGCUGUAGGAAACGUGGUAGAAUUACAAAAAGAAAGAAAGAAUAGCUGUGCUGUUCCCGUCAGCCCUCUUUCUUCCUUAUGGGCUGCUGAUUCAGCAAGGCAUUUAUGCACAUUCCUCAGUAAAUAAAAUUAUUAGGAUAUGCUUUAAGCUGGGCAUAUCACGAAGCACCUCACUGAACUGGGUCAUGCUAAAAAACAGUUACAGGGCGGAGUUGUUUGCUUAGCCAGUAAAUUCCUUCUGGCCUCAAUAAGAUUGAAUUGUAAAUGCUUAAUCCCUUGGGAUGCUAUUAGUUAUCACACAGGGUUCCUAAAAUGGUAAUUGCCAUUCUAACUUGCCACAUUCAAUUUGGUACACUUCAUAAAUACAGCCCUCCUGCGUGUUGUCUUGUAGUCUCUGAACUUAAAACUAUUUUUUUUAGUCCAUCUCUGACCUUCCCUGUAACAUCACCCAUAGUUGGUGAUUAGAAACCAAAAUGUCUCUCCUGUCAGAAAAGCUCUUUACAGAUUAGACAGUGAAGCCAAGGUCAUGAGAUCCUGAAAAAGCGCCCAUCUGAAUGGUUAACUAAGGUCAUAAAAAACUGAGAGCUGCAGGAGACUGGUGAAGUCUUUAUCAUCACUUUUUACAAAUGCACUGACAGUGGCUGAGGGGAAACAGGUACAUACCUAAAUCCUAAAAACAGCACAGAAAUGGCUUUCUUUCCUCCAAGAAUCAUCUCUUUUCCAUCCAACAUGCUCAGAGUCCUGCUGCACAGGCCAUCAUUCUGCACACUACAGGAGCAUGAAAAUAACUUCCACCUGUCACCUUAAGCCCCCAAGAUCCUAUAAGCCACACUCGCUGAUAAAUCCAGGAAAACCCUCAGAGGUGGAACUUAGAAGUAAAGUCACACAUAGGAACGGUGCAGGAACACUUAGGAACACUCGCCUUGCCUGAAGUACUGGUGGGAAAAUAAUGCUACCCUUGGCUCAGAUAGAAUAGUCUUAAAUGCUGCACUCCUGAAAUUAUUUAACAAGUCCUUACUGAUGAAACUGAUUACUUACGAUUACUGAUUAAACUGAUGAUGCUUCAGGUCUCCUGUUCAAGGUAAGGUAAUUGUUGUACCAGUGUACUUAAGAAUCUGCCCCAAUUUUAACUGACAUUUGUUGCAUUCUGGCUGCUGGAGAUUUGUUCGAGAACAAAAUAGACUGAGAAAGUGUUAUCUUCGUACAAUAAAAUUCCCUACAUUAUA